CCCGCCAUUGGCAAUGCAUUGGAAUGUAUCGCCGCCAUGUUGGGUAGGGUCGGGAGGGGGCACCGCCAUUGGAGGGCGGGGCUUCCCGCCAAUGACGUCACCGCCUUUGAGGAACAGAAUCCGAGGCCGCAUGGAGGUGAUGGGGCCUGCUGCUCUGCUCAUCCUGUCCCUCGCCUGGCUCACUGCCACGCGGCCUCCACUCACACAGAGCGCCGAGAUGGCGGGCAGCGCCCAGCUGGAGCACGCUGAGCUGGUGGUGCACAACGAGCUGAGGGAGACGCUCACCCUCACCUGGGACUCUAGCGACUGCUUCCAGUGCGUCCCCCGGGCCCUGGCUGAGUGUGUGGGUGGGCGCGUGAGCCGGGUGGCCGUGGACUCCACUCACCCUGGCACGCUGGCGCUGGUGAGCAGUGGUGGUGAGCUGUGCCGGAUGGAGGUGUGGCUGGGUGAGCUGGGGGAGUUUUCGCUGCGUGUGGAGCACGGAAACCGCUCCAGCAACGCCACCUGCAGCCCCAUCACCACCACACGGGAACCCGUAAACUCCUCACUACCUGUCCUCAUCGCUGCAGGUGUUCUGCUGCUGCUGUCGAUUCUCUUCCCACUUAGUGGGUGGGCACUCAGGCUGCGCUGUGUGCAGAGCGUGAUAGGCCGUGUUCUGCAUCGUCCGGAUAACCACACGCUGCUGAAUAACGAGGCGACGGUGCCCCCACAGCCUCCGAUCCUCCUGCCAAACUCCACCGCCACCGCCACGCAAGUGAAGAGACUGCGGUCACUCGACACGUUCAGAGGGAUCUCCAUCGUCCUCAUGGUGUUCGUCAACUACGGCGGCGGAAAGUACUGGUACUUUAAACACUCGGCGUGGAACGGGCUGACUGUGGCAGACCUGGUGUUCCCCUGGUUUGUGUUUGCGUUGGGCUCUGCCGUGGGACUCUCCAUGGCGGGGCCGCUGCGCCGGGGCUGCCCGUCCCGACUCCGCCUCUCCCUCCGUGCGCUGUGGCGAAGUCUUCUCCUCUUCCUCAUCGGAAUCUUCAUCGUCACGCCCAACUACUGCCACGGCCCUCUGGUGUGGAGCGACCUUCGAGUUCCCGGAGUUCUCCAGCGGCUGGCUGUGGCAAAUGCUGCGGUGUCCUUGCUCGAGAUUUACGCCUGGGGGCCUCAUCACUCACCGCUGGUGAGGGUGAUGCGCUGGCCGUCUCUGCGUGAUUUGAUGCCCUUCUGGCCCCAGUGGCUCCUCGUGGGGCUCCUCCAAGUGGCCUGGCUGAGCCUCACACUGCUGCUGCCUGUACCUGGCUGCCUGACCGGCUACCUUGGGCCUGGAGGGAUCGGCAGUGGAGGGUCCCAGGCCAACUGCACGGGAGGAGCGGCUGGGUACAUCGACCGCUGGCUACUCACGGAGAGACACUUGUACCAGACUCCUACCACACGGAAUCUGUACAGAACCACGGUGCCGUACGACCCAGAGGGAAUUCUUGGAUCGCUGAACGUGGUUCUCAGCGCCUUCCUGGGUCUGCAGGCUGCCCGCACCGUCCUCUCCUUCCCGGGUGACCACCGAGGCAUCGUCCGGCGCUUCCUCCUGUGGGCGGCUUUGCUGGGAGUGAUCUCCGCCGUGUUGACCAAGUGCACGAGGGACGAGGGCUUCCUGCCGGUCAACAAGAACCUGUGGUCGACGUCGUUUGUGACAGUCACCGCCUGCUUUGCGUUCCUGCUGCUGGCAGCGCUGUACCUCACCACAGACGCCCUGCAAGUGUGGAGCGGCACUCCCUUCCACUACGCAGGCAUGAACCCGCUGCUGCUCUACGUGGGCCACGAGCUGCUGGCCUCCUUCUUCCCCUUCCGCUGGGGGGUCCCCUCGGCCCACCCCGUGGGGCCCCUCCCCCACGCGUGGCCCCUGGCCCAGAACGUGGCGGCCUGUGCCCUGUGGGUGGUGGUGGCCUGGCGACUUCACCACCACCGCUUGUUCCUCAAGCUGUGACCAACAACAACAACACCACCUCCACCACCAUCAACAACAUCACCUCCACCAACAACACCACCACUA